GUCGGUAGUUUCGUUGCUCACUUGGCGAUUGCUUCUUGCUGAUGUGGGAGUCAUUAGCUGACGUGACUACCAGUGGUGACGUGGCAAUUGCUUGCUACGGCUAGCUGUUGCUGACGCGGCGAUGUCCUCGAUGGCUAUCCCUGGUGAGGUGAUUGGUUCGAACCCGGCGGCGAUGGCUGCUAGCAGCGUCAGGUUUACACGUGGCAAUCACUGGUGCGCGGGGGAUCUGCAGCGAUCGUAUCGACCACGUGCACUGCAUGCUGACGUGGCGCUGAAGGUCGUCAGCCAGCGACACGUGGGAAUUCAGAGAGACCGUCUUGCUGUUAAAUCUACUCGAGUCGCCAUGGCAUCAUUUGAGGGAUUGAGGCAGAUCGACAUCAGUGCCAUUCGGCUGAGGUCAUGUCCACCCAGUAAUGCUGCCACGUUUCAUGCGAUAAAAUCAUCCAACGGUCAUCGUUAUACAAGCAGUUUGGGCCCCCUCCCUGCAGCUGCAGAGCGCGAAGCCACGGGAGCCGUAGCAGCAGUGGAGCCAAGCCCUGUCGUGGUUGUGGGCUCCGUCAAUGCGGAUAUUUAUGUGGAGAUCCAACGGUUGCCGUUGGUUGGCGAGACGAUAGCAGCUCGAAGCGGGACCAUUCUUCCUGGAGGCAAGGGUGCCAAUCAGGCCGCCUGCGCAGCUAAGCUGGGGUAUCCGACGUACCUGGUCGCACAGGUUGGCCAGGACCUGAAUGCGAAUCUUGUGCGUGACACUUUGCGAGAGUAUGACGUGCGCAUGGAUCACGUGAGCAUGGUGCUGGGGCCGACGGGAUGUGCCGUUGUCAUGCUGCAGCCCAAGGGAAAGAACUCCAUCAUUAUUGUCGGGGGAGCCAACGCCACGUGGCCGAGACUGGGAGGAGGGAGCAGUCGGCUUAAACCUUUGGCUCAGGCACUCAUCAAACGUGCAGGUGCACUGGUCCUCCAGCGGGAGAUUCCGGAUGCUGUGAACUUAGAAGCUGCCAGGAAGGGCGCCCAAGUGCUCGUCAAGAGGGGUAGCGACGGCGCAUUGCUGAUCAAACCGGAUGGUGAUUAUCUGAAUCAGCCAGCAAUUACGGCUCCAACAGUGGUCGAUACCACCGGAGCGGGCGACACUUUCACUGCCGCAUUCACUGUCGCAACGCUCCAAGGAAUGAAAUCUUCGGACGCUCUACAAUUUGCCGCUGCGGCCGCUUGUAUUUGUGUGCAAAGAAAAGGCGCCAUGAUUAGCAUGCCCACCCAGAAAGAAGUGGCGGACCUCUUGGACGACCAGAAGCGCAAGGGACUCAUCCCGAGGAACCAAGAAUUGAAAAGGAAGGCAGUCGGUCAAUGAAGGAAGAAGCCUGCGCAACUGAAGGCCCCAACGAAUUUGUUUGCUGAAAAGCCUUAAGGCCGAAACCCCUCCGCUACACCUCCUUAGCUUUUUUCUUCAUUUCUUUUUGCCUGAGCGGGUACAUCAGGCGCGUCCAAAGGGGCUCGGCCUGCCAAAACUGUGUGGCAGCACCAGCCAAAACAACAGAAUUUUCCAAAACAAGAGAAUUUUGGGCCGCGCUGGCUCCUUCUUCGUUUUCUCUUCCUUUCUUUCUUUCUACCGUGCAGCGUAAUUGGUCUCUCAGGAUAUAGAUCCUCGGGCGUAGCUGUGGUUCUUUAGAGCACUGCAUAUGCAUCAAGCUGCAAAUCCGAUGCUUUUCGUCCUCAGCGAACUAUUGGCAAUGGUUCAACGAAAGACAUCUUCGAACUUCGAAGCGCAUUAAUGCAACAAAGUGACGUCUUGCUAAGGAAAACGAGGAAGCAACGUACGACGGCCAGCUACAAUGGCAUCCUUGAGCAAGCAUCCAGGUGCAGCCUGCAGUGCCAAAGAGCCAAAGAGAGACUAUAGCAGCCGGCGAACUAUUGGCAAUAGUUCGACGGGAGGCAUCUUUGAAGCGCAGUAAUGCAACAAAGUGACGUCUUGCUCAAAAAAAACAAGAAAGUGGCAAGCCGGCAAGCCACGACAGAUACAAUGACCUCGCUCAGCAAGCAUCCAGGUGCGGCCUGCAGUGCCAAAGAGAGAAUAUAGCAGGCAAAAGAAGUUCAGUUCAAUCGAACUACAAGUGGAGCUGAUUGAGGGGGUGAAGAUGGUGUUGGUUGUCUGGCUGCAUGUGGAGGGUGUGAUAACCAGGGUUAACAAGUAAGUGGGUAGGCGGGGGGCCUGUUGGGCAGGCAGUGUAGGGUACAGAGGGGCAAUGUUGAGAGGGCCCGGAGGGGUAAGGGGGUGCUGCCUCCAUUAUUAUCUAUGAGCAGUUAAGGGAAGUCCGUUUUCGUACGUAUCUUGAGGUGGAUGCGGCAAGAUGUGGGGAAGUGAAGGGCGGGGGGGGGGGGGGAGGUGUUCAGACAAAGAAUAAAAUAGGCCUGUCAGCUAAUUGAAUGUACCUGGGAGAUAAAGAACACCUAGGAGAUAAUUUUAUUGAUUUCCCACUGUUCCAUAGUUAGUAGGUUCAUCUUUCACACUUCUCUGUACCUGUUGGGUGCCUAAUGCCAGUCUUGUCCCACACGCAGCUGAACACAUACGCACCUCAGAUAAAUAGAUAGAUGGAGAGAGAGAGAGAGAGAGAGAGAGAGAGAGAGAGAGAGAGAGAGAGAGAGAGGAUGUGUAGGUAGUAAUUAUGAAGCAGAGAAACGGCGGCACGUGGAGUCGAAACCCAAAGAAAAUGACAAUAAUGAUUGAAUAAUUGCAAUGUCUUUGUAAGUUAGAAGGCAAAGCUCUCUUUGUUUAACAAGCUUCAGAAGCAAGUACCAGCAGAUGUGUGACAUUUCUGAAAUUGUGUGCUGAGAGUGAAUAGAGGGGGAAGAAGCUGAAGGAGGAGAGAAAGAACAUGAUUCUCAGUAACCGGAUUGCUCAAACACGAAGUCAGUUGCAGCCUAUGUGGAAACGGUUGAACUGACAAUUGCAAUGAACCCAAUCUCGUUGAGAAUCCGAUCAGCAAUGUUGCACAAAUGUCGUGCAAAUGUCGCACAAAUGUCGCACAAAUGUCGCACAAAUGCCGCACAAAUCUUAAACCAGCGCUCAUCAUAUUGUCCUCGGGAGAAUGCGUUGUUCUUCUCCAGUGGGACGCGCCCACCCUUGAGGGGAGGUGCCUAUGUCCUCCGGCCUUGGAGAGGGGUGCAGCUCCAGUAAAGCUUUUUGCCAUUG